AUGGUCAGGACUUCCUCGCUCCUGACGCUCCUGGCUACUGCCGCCACCGCGGUUGCUAGUCAGGAGGUUGACGCCUCCAAGGUCCAGCCCGCCAUUCCCGGCGCCUUUAUCAUCGAGUUUGAAGAUGGCCAUAACACCCAGGCUUCCCUGGAUGCCGUCAAGAAGGACGCCAGUGUCCGUAUCGACCUCAACUUUGAGCUCUUCCAGGGUGUCUCGAUCCAGCUCAACGACGUCAACUCGGCCGAAGAAAAGGCGCAGAAGCUGGCCGAGCUGCCCGCCGUCAAGAACAUUUGGCCCGUCAGGGUCGUGCCCCGUCCCAAUCCCGCCGUCGAGUGGGUGGCCACCGAGGGCCUGCAGGCGCUGGUCCACGCCGACCCCAGCAGCAUCAACGCGCGCGACACGGCCGAGCCCAUUAGCUCGGCGCAGCGCAUGAGCCAGAUUGAGAAGAUGCGUGCCAAGGGCUACAAGGGCCGCGGCAUCAAGAUUGCCGUCAUCGACACCGGUAUUGAUUACAAACAUCCCGCUCUCGGCAGAUGCUUUGGUGAGGGCUGCCUCGUCAGCUAUGGCUACGAUCUCGUCGGCGACGCCUACGGAAACGGCAACUACCGCCCCGUGCCCGACAACGACCCCAUGGACUGCGGCGGCCACGGCAGCCACGUGGCGGGCAUCAUUGCCGCCCAGCCCAACGAGUUCAACUUUACCGGCGUGGCGCCCGACGUAACCCUCGGUGCCUACAAGGUCUUUGGCUGCACCGGCAGCACCGGCACCGACGUGCUCAUCUCAUCGUUUAACAAGGCCUACCAGGCUGGCUCCGACAUCAUCACGGCAUCGAUUGGCGGCCCCGCGGGCUGGGUGGACGAGCCCUGGGCCCUGAGCAUCUCGCGCAUCGUCGCCCGCGGCGUGCCCUGCACCGUCGCCGCCGGCAACGAGGGUGUGGACGGCCUCUUGUUCCCCAGCAGCGGGUCAUCCGGCAAGGGCGUCGUGUCGAUUGCUUCGUUUGACAACACGGAUACGCCUGCCCUCGCCAAUGUCAACUCAUACACGGUAGACGGUGGCAACAAGACGCAGCUCCUUUCCACCCCGUCGGACAAGGACGCGUGGGACGGCGUGACGCUCGAUGUUUGGGCUGGAAGUUACGACACGACAAAGGCCGACGACGGCUGCAAGGCGUACCCUGCCGACACCCCCGACCUGAGCAAGAAGGUUGUGCUCAUUCACCGCGGCAGCUGCUCCUUUACCGACAAGAUCAACUUUGCCACGGCCAAGGGCGCCAAGUACGUCCUCAUCUACAACAACGGGCCCGACGCCCUCACGAUGAGUGUUGUUGACACUCCCCUGGCCCAGGGCGCCAGCCUCAUCUCGCAAGUCGACGGCGUCAACAUUAUCAACCUGCUCAAGGAUGGCAAGAAGGUCACGGUGACGAUGGGUAGCUCGGCCAAGACGGCCAAGGUGUUGUCGUACAAGAAGAACGCGGCGACGGGUGGCGGGCCCAGCGCCUUUACCACCUGGGGUCCCUCGUGGGAGCUCUUUGUCAAGCCCGACGUAGGCGCUGCAGGCGGUAAUAUUCUCUCGACAUACCCCACGGCCAAGGGCUCUUAUGCCGUUUUGUCGGGCACUUCGAUGGCGACGCCCUUUAUCGCCGGCUCGGUGGCGCUGCUCCUCGAGGUGCGCGGUAAGAAGUUGGCUCCUGCGACGAUUACCAACCUCUUGUCGGCCAACGCCAAGCCUCAGCUGUUCAACGAUAAAACAAAGUUCCUGACCAAGCUGGCGCCGGUGCCGCAGCAGGGUGCGGGUCUUGUCCAAGUGUACGACGCGGCGUUUGCGACGACGCUGUUGGAGCCGUCUAGCCUUUCCUUCAACGAUACGGCCAACUUUGUCGAGCAGCUCAGCUUCAAGAUCAGCAACACGGGCAAGGAGUCAGUUAGCUACGACCUUGGCCAGGUGUCGGCCUACACCAUGUACGCGCUCGGCACGUCGGGUACCCAGGUGCAGGCGUUCCCCAACGACGCCGUCGACGCAUACGCCACGCUCAGCUUCAGCGAGGAGAAGCUGACGAUUGCGGCGGGCAGCUCGGCCUCUGUGGACGUGACGGUGUCGCCCCCUGAAGGUGUUGCCAUUGAGCGGCUGCCGAUCUGGUCGGGUUACGUGACCAUCAACGGUACGGACGGCACGGCGCUAUCGCUGCCGUACCAGGGCGUGUCGGGCUCGCUCAAAGACCACGUGGUGGUGGACGAGACGGGCGCCAGCUGGAUCUCGUGGAGCGACGACAAGCUCCUGACGCCGCUGCCGGUCAACCAGACGUUUACGCUGCCGACGCCCGGCCAGGCCUCGGGACAGACGCGGCUCCCGCAGUUUGUCAUCAACAUGUCGCUGGGGUCCAAGAACAUUACGGGGCACCUGCAGCCGAUGACGACGUGCCCGCCCAACGGAACGUACGAGUACAAGGGCUACAAGACGGUUGGCCAGCCGUUUACCUUCCCGAUGCUGUUUAGCAGCCGCGGCCCGACGACGGAUAUCUGGGACGGGCAGCUGGCGAAUGGCAACUACGCGCCGGCGGGCAAGUACCGCCUGAUUGUGCGUGCGCUGCGCGUGUUUGGCGACCCGGACAAUGAGGCGGACUGGGACACGUCGAUCGGUAACCGCUUCGUCAUCAAGUACGCGUAG